GGCCGAGCGAGGACGACUUCCGAUUGCUGAAGGGAGCCUGAGCGGGGUUUGCGCCUUUCUCAGCCCCACCCCCAGACCACGAUGCCUGUGCAACCCCUGCCCAAGGAGAUGGAGGCAGAAGGAGACUCGGCUGCUGAGAUGAAUGGCGAAGAAGAGAGCGAAGAUGAGCCCAGCGCUAGCCAGUCUGAGUCAGAAGAGGAGAGUUCAGAGAUGGACGAGGAGGGCUGCGAGCGCCGCCGCGCCGAGUGCGUGGACGAGAUGUCGGACUUGGAGAAGCAGUUCUCCGAACUCAAGGAGACGCUUUUCAAGGAGCGCCAGAGUCAGGUGAAGGCCAAACUGGAGGACGUGGUGUCGGGAAAAGCGGCGGAGUACCUCGAUCCCCUGGGGGUGUCGCAGAACCACAUGCAAAUCCGCAUCGAAGUGGCUGGGAUCUACCGAGGCUUCUGCCUGGAGGUCAUUCACCACAAACACCGCUGUGAACUACAGGGAGCCCAGCAGCAUCUGGAGAGCGAGAAGCUUCUGCUGUUUGACACCCUCCAGGAACGCCUCUUGGAACGGAUUCAGCACUUGGAGGACGACCGGCACAGCGUGGGCCUCACCUCAGAAUGGUGGGACGACAAGCUUCGGCCGAAGCACAGCGCCAAGGAUUGGGACCCUCUCCGGCCCGGGAAGAGGAAGAAGCCACCGCUGGUGUCUGGUCCCUACAUCGUCUACAUGUUGCACGAGAUGGAUAUCAUGGAGGACUGGACGGCCAUCAAGAAGGCUAAAGCCGCCGUGUCCCCUCCGAAGAGGAAACUAGAAGGCCCAGUGAAGACCGAGAAGCUGCCGUCCCCCGCCCUGUUCUCUGCGCACUGCGAAGACGGCCACCUCCACUAUGAAGGCGAGGCCUAUGUCAAGGGGCAGAGCAUCUCCUUGCAAGUUGGGGACGAGGCCCCGGUCCAGGCUGUGAUCACCGCCGUCAGCACGGGCGAAGUUUGGCUCCGCCGUGAUGACGGCAGCAAGACCAAAAUCUACGUGUCCCAGCUCCAAAAGGGCAAGUAUUCAGUACACAAGGUCUAGCACACACACACACACACACACACGGCGGCCCGAUCACGGACUUUGUCUCCCUCACUUCUCCCGGAACCGGAGCGUCCUCCUUCUCGGAAACCCGAAGGGCCCCUGUACCAGAAGAUACAUUCCCUGCGCCUGCUUAGGGAAACGGAGACACGCUUGCCGUGGUGGAUGGCCCAGCUGUUGCGGCAGCCGGUGGAUUGGGCCCCUGGUGUGGGAACGCGCCCAUUUCGAUGAUGACUGCCAAGCGGGCGCUCCCACUGUUUCGGGGAGGACUGGAGCAGAAUCGACGGCGACUCCCGUUUCUGGAAAGGACUUCAAAUAAAGCACCAAAGUGAAUUUCCCUUUU